UUUUCCUUUCUAUGAAUCGAUUAUAGGGUUGUAACAAUGACUUAUGAAGCUCCAAGCUGUUUAUCCUCCGCAUCACUGUAUCAACCCAUCCACCAAUCACAAACGCAAACAACAGUAGAUUAUUAUUCCCUCUAAAAGUAUAAACCCUCGAAAAACCCUCACCCUGUGGCCUUGUUUCCGACUCUGUUUGGGAAAAAUGGCUUGGCGCUCAGGAUCGCUGUCUCGGUCGUUGCUCACGACCGUUAGGUCAUCAUCCCGCAGUUCAUCUCCGCCUCUCCCCCGUCUUCGCCCGCCGCCUCUAACCCCUCCACGCGUCCAGUCCCGCCGCCUCUCCUUCGCUAGUCCUGCUCCCAGGAAUUUGGGAGAACUAGGAUGUACGCAGUCACUUCUACCGCUUGGCAACGUGUUGGCUACAACCCGCCUCACAUCUCACCUUUCUGUCAAUGUGCGGGCUUUUUGUGAGCUGUCCCAUGGUAGCUUUUCAAUCGUGUUGCAGUAACACUUUGGAGUACCUAAUUUUAUAUGUUUUUCCUAGCUCUUAUGAGACAUGGCGCCAUGUUAUGUAAUUUUCAUUUUGGUGACCUCUUGGGAAGUCCUUGUGUUGCACCCCUUGUUUACCUAUCAAAAAAUGUAAUUUUUAUUUCAGAAACAUACUGAUAUGUGAUUGUUGCCUAGAGCAUCAUUUGUAGUGUUCUGGCAUAAAAUUCAGGGAAAUGGUAACUCUACUGCUGUCUGUGUCUUAGAAAUUAGUACCUGUUUAGGGCCAUUUCAAACAAGAAACUUGUAGAUUUUUUUUUCCUCUCUGUUGUAAUCAAUAUGGCAAUCUAAAUUCUGUCGACCCAAGAUUCUUUUUGAAAAAAGCAUGGCGCAGUAGUUUCUGGAGCACAUAUAUUAACUUUUACUGCUGCAUUGUUUUGAAUAAAAGUGAACUGUUUUCUCAUUAUGGAUGAGAGGCACUUAAUACC